AUGGGCCCCCAAACCAUCUAUCUGCCCGAUGGGCAGCGCUUCAACGUGACGCCCGUUUUUGCGGGACUGUUCUUCAAGUCGACCGAGCUCAGCAGUCACCACAAUGCCUUCCCGAUCGGAUGGACUAUUGUGAUUCACACAGAAGACGGCGACGACGAUGAGCCGACCUCGAGUACCGCUACUAGUCUUCCACCGGGGUUGGCUGAAGGGAGCCCCGGUACAGACAAGACACCGCACCUCCGCUCCUUCAAGAGACCGACGCUACAAAACGACAGCCUCUUCAUCUCGUCCAUCUCGAACCCCUCCAACGCCGACUUUAAGCCCCCCGCAAGCCCAACACGCCAGAUGGCCAUGAUGCUCUGGGUCACGCUAUACUGGUACUUCCAUCAACCUUCGCCGCCCACGAUUCUCACCACCGAAGCGUCGAAGCUGACACCCGACGCCGGCAAGCCGCGGGGCGAGUGGCGGGUGCGCGUCAAGCGAGAUGGCAUGCUGCGCGGGCGGAACCUGAUACCCAAGUUGGAGCGUAUGGGCCUAAUUGCGAGCCUCAACUCGGCCGUGGGGACCGCGUUAGUAGACACCGAUGACGUAUGGGCAAACAUGUUCGUUACGCGGAACAUGUUCUGGCAGAUACCGGGACGUCUGUUCCUGUUCACCCUCCAGCCUGUCGGCAACAGAAACCCCCGCUCGUCAUACCCGGGUUCGCCAGUACCAAGCCGGCCGGGUUCUCCACUUCCUGGAGAGCACGCUACGGCAAUUCACCCGCAGCGCGCGAUCGCCGAAGCGGGCGACUUGCCCGGCGCCGCGCCGCCCACCUUGUUGACAGAUGUGCCCUCGUUCCCCAUCAGCCCCUUCUUCAGCGCGUCCCACCUCCCGACCUACUACCCACCCCCACCAUUACAAUACACCAUCACCAAUCACGUGCGUCACCCGCUCCGCCCGAAACCACCGCGCAUGGGUGAGGUCUUUUACACGCGCUUCGUCCCCUCGGUGGGGCACUACCUCUCCUUCCGCGUCGCGUCCGUCUCGCCCAAGCCGGUGCCAUACAUGGGGCCCGUCGGCCCGAACCCGUCCAUAGCAACACAGCAGCAGCAGUCCCGCCUCCUUUCCAUGCCCGAUUCGGCCCUCCUCGAAUCGUGGCAUGCCAACCCACGCGUAUCCCACUUUUGGGGCGAGUACGCCCCCGGCUUCCUCCCCACCGCCCUGCGGAGCCGCCACAGCUUCCCCGCCAUCGGCCUGUGGGACGGCGUGCCGUUUGGCUACUUCGAGUUGUACUGGGUGAAAGAGGACCUCCUCGGCCGGUAUGCCGGAUCCUCCGAAAUCGACGACUGGGACCGCGGGUGUCAUGUGCUGAUCGGCGAGGAGUGGGCCAGGGGCCGCGUACAAAGCUGGUUGACUGGGUUGGUGCAUUGGAUGUUUUGUGCCGAUUACCGGACUAUGAGUAUCUGCCUCGAGCCGAGGGUGGAUAAUGCGAGGUUCAUCCAACAUCUCGAGUACGCUGGGUUUACAAAGGAGAAGGAGAUUACGUUCCCCCAUAAGCAGGCGUGGUUUGGGAGGUUGAGGAGAGAGAGCUGGAAUGGGCCAGCCUUACUCGGCAUUGAUCCCUUCUUUGCGGUCGAGGUUGUCGAAGGCAGCCUUGCCCUCUACAGUCGGAUUGAAUCCCUCGAGGAGGACUACUUUCCCAAGCAACCUUACCCAGGCGCGAGCAUUGUUCCUGAAACCCUCGAGGCCGAUAUGCAGGUUAUCAACCGUAUUGAAGGUUACGACUGCCGGUUUGGCAUCGUCACUCUUACGUCCGGUUCAGGCCGCAUUUUUGCCAGCAGUCACAUAGUUGACUUCGCUCUGAUCUCGUUGGAUCCGGCUCUCUUCCCCGAAGGAUUCAAACCCUCUUUCAACGCUCCUUGUCGCUCGGCCUGUGAGUUCUUGGCUGCCCGUGGUCACAAUGCCGAGAAACCUGGUGCGGAGAAGAAGGUCUUCAAAACUAGCUCGACUACCGGAACUACUUGCGGCAACCUUCCUCCUGUAAACGCUAGCACCCGCUAUGCGCGUCCGCGUCUUUAUGGCCACUAUUCCUCCCACGAGUCACAAACGGCUGUCGUCCUCAACGAAACACCAGACGACUGUUUUGCCGCCUUUGGCGACUCGGGUGCCGUGAUCCAUGAUGGCAAAGCUGACAUGCUCGGCAUGCUCUGGGGAGGGAUGAUCAAACUCGAGGAAGGUAUCCCGACCUACCAGGACCAAUGCGCGGUGGAUAUCUCAGCCAUCACCCUGUAUACACCAAUGGAGAUCCUGCUAGAGGUGAUGCAAGCCGAAGUCCGCAAGGCUUUCCCUCGCGUCUCGGCGAAACUCACUCUGGUUCCUAUGUCGUUUGGUUCGACCCAUGAUUCCGCGUAG